AUGGCCGAGAGCGCCGGCACGGCCGCCUCCUCGACGGGGCCCGCGGCCAAAAGCGGCUCCUCGGGCGCCUGGUGGAAAUCGCUGACCAGCAGGAAGAAGCCCAAGGAAUCGCCAGCAGCUGCGGCUCCGGCUGCGUGGCCUCCUCGGCAGGUGCCUGAGCCCUCGGAGAUGCUCCCCGCCGCGCCCAGCCCCUCGGACUCUCAAGAGAACCAGCAGCCCAACUCGGGCAGCCGCCGGAACCUUAAGAUCUCCCGCUCGGGCCGCUUCAAGGAGAAGCGGAAAAUGCGCGCCACGCUGCUGGCGGACAGUCCCCAGAAGCUCUUCGAAGGGGCGCCGGGAGCCGCAGCCGCCGCAGCCGGGAAUCCCGCCCCGGCGCGCCCCGGCGAAGAGACGCCGUGCCAGUGACCACGCCUCCCCGCCGUCCCCUUCCAGGCCCGCUUGCCUAGAGGAGGAGCUGCCUGUCUGAUCUUGGUGAAAGGCGGCCUGGUUGCUGCCUCGUCUCCGGCCGAGGGGAGGAGCGAGUGCGUGCGUGCGUGCGCUCUGCUGAGCUUUUGGGGAACUGUGACCUUGAGGAUCUUGCGCGCGAGUUUGCAAAGCCUCUUUCGCCCUCGCCGAGGGGACAGAUGAUGGCGAGGCGUCCGCCUUAGUCGACCACGGGGGUCUCUUGUUUCACGGGGAGGGCCGCAGAUCUCUGGAACAAUAGUAAUAUGCAAUAAGGAAGAGACCCGCUGAAGCUCAGCUGCCCUUUCCGGUCAUGAAAUUAAAAAGUGUUCAGCGGGCAAUGUCCCCGACGAAAUCGUCAUUGUGAUUUAUUUCACGCCCACCACCACCUUUUGCAGAAAACCGCCAGUGCACAAUAUGCUGCUAUAUGGAAUAAUAAUAAUAAUAAUAAAAGGGAAUAAGAAUUCUAGCAUGCAGCCCCAACUUAGUCCCAUGUUCAGGUAUUGCAGUAGAUGUCCCAAAUCGGAAACAGACAGACAAACAUGGUAAAUAGCCCACUGGUGACCUAUAUCAAUGUGCAGCAUUGAUAAAACUUACCGCUGCUCUGGGUCAGAUGAAGAUGUCUUGCUGUUGCCCAAACAACACUUGAGGUACAUUAACCGAGUAAUGGUACAGUACCGGUAAUAUCAGUUUUCCCUGAAGAUGCCAGGAGGGAUGAGUAUAGUGGCAGAAAGACCUGGUGCUGAUAAAGUCAAGUGGAACAUCUGCAUGUAUAUUUUAAAAUGGCACACCAAAAUGUUGAGGUUUAAAAUAAGUUGUGGGGGUUCCUAGGUGCCUUGUUUAUGACAUUUCAGAACACAUGUUAAAAACCUAUUUUUGAAGGUGACCUGCAACAGGGACCCCAGUUGCCUGCUCUUGGAAGUCACUGUCAUGCAAAUGAAUUCAGAAUUCCAAUCUCUUGCAUUAGCUGCUCCUGAGAAACAAAAUUAAAAAUGGAAAUGUGGAUUUUCAUAAUUUUAUCUAUUUUCAGCUGCUCCUGCAAUGAAAGAGGCCAUGCUGCAAAUUUUUACAAAGAACUAAUUACCACAGUCCCAAAUGAAUAACAUCAUUUUAAUAAAAAGACACAGGGAAAAAACAACAACCUAUGGUUCUCUUUAUGCCAAGGAGGCUUUUUGUUAGUCUAGUAUGCUUUUAAUAGCCUCCUUUUGGGAAGAGAGGGAGUUGGAAACGUUCCAGCUUAUCUUAUUUCAAGGCCAAAGCCUUCUAGUGGCACCUGGAGAUUCUUAACAAUUGUAUUCCUGUUGGUAGAAAUGUCAGUAAACGAAUCUGUCUGCUAUUCAGUGGAUUAUAAAGGGAAGGGAGGGAGAUUAUAGUUGGGGAAGUACUGCACUUCUUGCUCCCAAAUUUAUUCUCUACAAAGAAGCAGAAAAAGGAAACAACAUUUCAUUUUGUUUCUGGUAAUUAGAAGCAGCUGCUUCAACUGGGAUGCAAUGAGGGAGUAAUAGUUGUCAUUCUCGUUGUUAAGAGACGAACAUGAUACAUUUUAGUACUAUGGUUCUCAAGUAACUGAUACCUCCUCUGGAGAAGCUGAACAAAAGGGACCCAGCCUAAAUACCUCUGGGUAAAAGGACUGCUGGAGGAGAACAGAGCUGGGCUGUCUGCUCAAUGCAGUGCCAAUAGCCCUGCAGCUCAAAAUCCCCCAAUGCCUCCUGGUACCAGACCAUAGGAGAAUGAAAGAAAUAUCUCCAGGAGUUUCUCUAAGUUCAGAUGGAAAGAGAUAUGUUAUCUGUAGGAUAGGAAAGUGUGUGGCUUUGACAUUUUGAUGGGAAUUUUUAAAAAAUGCUUGAAAUUUUAUUUGGUAGACCACUCUACUGGUGCUGUGGUCUAAACCACUGAGCUUCUUGGGCUUGCCAAUCAGAAAGUCGGCGGUUCGAAUCCCCACGACAGAGUGAGCUCCCAUAUGCUCUGUCCCAGCAGUUCAAAAGCACCCCAGUACUAGUAGAUAAAUAGGUACCGCAGUAGCGGGAAGGUAAACAGCUUUUCUGUGCACUCUGGUUUUCGUCAGGGUGUUCCAUUGCGCCAGAAGCAGUUUAGUCAUGCUGGCCACAUGACCCGGAAAGCUGUCUGUGGUCAAAUGCCGGUUCUCUCGGCCUGAAAGCGAGGUGAGCGCCGCAAUCCCAUAGUUGCCUUUGACUGGACUUAACCAUCCAGAGUUCCUUUACUUUUUGUUUUUACCUUUUAUGUGAACUACAUCUUACGUAGCUGGACACCUGCAAUUUAAAAUUUGGAGACCUAACGUUUUUUUAAAAAAAGUAAGACCCACUUUCUGUUUUACAACAGUAGUGUGUCUGCUUUCAAAUAGUUCUUGCUGUGUCAAAGCUCGCCACAGAACUGUUAAAGGUGUGCUAGUGUGUUGGAAAGUCUUUGUGCCAGACAUGCUGCCGUGGAGACAAUAGCACAAAUCCCCAUAUGUUUUCUGGCAUUGCAUUGGAUGUGUUUGGAGGAAGCAGACGUGUUUUUUGUAGCCUGUGUCUCAUAGGUUUCAAUUAAACAUGCUUGUCAUUGCACACCCUUGAUAAUUCUUCAUGAAGGCUCCAGCCAGCCUGUAUGUAGCACAGGAGUGGGGAAUCUUUCUCAGCCUAAGGGCCGCAUUCCCUUUUGUGGAACUUCCCAGGGGCCACACGCCAGUGGAGUUUGUGCUGAGCCAUGGUGCCAUCAUUCAGUGAAGUGGGACUGACUUCUGACUGCGCUGUUAGCUCUCUUCCUUUUAAGUCCGGGGGGGGAUCCUUUUUCUGCAGCAGGAAAAUAAAUGCACCAUUUAAUACAGGCAUUCCCAAACUGCGGCCCUCCAUAUGUUUUGGCCCACAACUCCCAUGAUCCCUAGCUAACAGGACCAGUGGUCAGGGAUGAUGGGGAUUGUAGUCCAAAACAUCUGGAGGGCCGAAGUUUGGGGAUGCCUGAUUUAAUACAAGCUGUGAUACCCACUCUCCCAUACAGGGGCAUAGGAAGGGAGGGGCGAUGGGGGCGCUCCGCCCCGGGCGGCACGAUCCUGAGGGCGCUAUGGCGGCUGCCCCUCCCCCGCCCACGCUGGAUGCCCCGCUCCCAGAACGUGCACCACACCCCUACGGGUGGCGCGUCAUGCCCCCCAUAACGUACACCACACCGCUACGGGCAGCACCCCCCCCAGAAUGCCUGUCACUCCCCAUGGGUGCCGCGCCCUGCCCCCAGAAAGCUCGCCAGCCUCGCCCCUGGUGCCAGAGCAUGAAGCUCCGCCACUGCUCCCAUAGUAUUUUAGUUCAUUAUUUUAAAAUGUCAGAAAUAUCCAUCCUGGGAGAGUCUCUAGAGAUGCCUUUUCAAUCCUGUUAAUCCAGUAAUGCAAAUGCUAUCCAGUCCUUUGUUGUAAAUGCUGUCUUAAAGGAUUCUCCUAUCUUCUCACCCCCUCUCUUUUAGUUGUUUUUUUUUUUUUACAUAUUAAAAGGAGAGAAAGAGAAUGGUGGCUAUUAAUUACAUUGCAUCCUUUGGAAAAUUAAACUCUAAAUAGGAAGUAUCCCUAUAAAAUAACCAGUUCUAAUUCUUUCAAAGAAAGAAGUUUCUGAUAUAAGCAAAACCACCAGCAUACGAUAAGAAGAAGGGAAAAAAGCCUCACUGGCACCAUUUCUAGUACAAUUGCCCAAAGGGAGAGAGGAUUCACUUUGAGCUGAGGCUCAAGUUGCUGCCCACAGCUGCUCCGAAGGGUAUGACAUCCUUACACACUUGCAAUCUAACCCAAAUAACAAUCCGCAUAGCCAACUCUUCUGAAGCCAUUACAGGUGGGUUUGUCAGUGACCGUGCAAAUGCAGGUAAGGUGUGGUGCUUGUGAAUGGAUUUGUAUUCAGCCAUUUUAAUUAAUCAAUUGGUGAGAGCCAGUGUGGUGUAGUGGUUAAGAGUGGUGGAUUCAUAAUCUGGUGAACAGAGUUUGUGUCUCCGCUCCUCCACAUGCAGCUGCUGGAUGACCUUGGGCUAGUCACACUUCUUUGAAGUCUCUCAGCCCCACUCACCUCACAGAGUGUUUGUUGUGGGGGAGGAAGGGAAAGGAGAAUGUCAGCCGCUUUGAGACUCCUUCGGGUAGUGAUAAAGUGGGAUAUCAAAUCCAAACUCCUCUCCUUCUCCUUCUCCUCCUUCUCCUUCUCCUUCUCUUAAUACAGUGGAACCUCGGUUUAUGAACACUUCGGUUUAUGAAUUUUCGGUUUACGAACGCCGCGGACCCAUCUG